UCCUCAGGCAGCUCACUGCAUGGUCGUCUGGUGCCCCCGCCGCCUGCAUCGCCGCCGCCGCCCCGCGACGCCCACCGCCGCCUGCCCUGCCGCCGCCGCCUGCGCCGCCUCGGGAUCGGCUGUAUGAUUAGGCCACAAUCUUCAAUGAGUAGACAUAUUCCUCAGUUCUGUGGUGUUCUCGGUCACACAUUUAUGGAGUUUCUGAAGGGCAGUGGAGAUUACUGCCAGGCACAGCACGACCUCUAUGCAGACAAGUGAACUGUAGAAAUUCAUUACUACUCCACCAAGAAGCCCCCAUAGGAGUGGAUAACCCGGACACAGGCGUGUUGAAUUGAAAUCUGCAGAGCAUUUCCAAGAGCUCAGACCUGGAUGGGGUAAACCUCAGUGCACUUCCUUUGUAUUGCCUCGGUCUUACUGGAUUGAAGAAUCACCGCUUCUUGUUAGGAGGUUCAUUUCAUUGCCCGUUUCUCCCAAUUCAUACUCAAAGCACUGAGAAUUUCAAGUGGAGUAUAUUGAAUAUUGAAGUAGACUUCAGGUUUUUUGUUUUUGUUUUUUUGUUUUGAAUCGUUUCUGUAUUCAGUUUUUUAAUUCUUUCAUAGCCCUUGUGGGUGUUUUUUUAAACUAAAUUAACAUGGCUCGAAUGAACCGCCCUGCUCCUGUGGAAGUCACAUACAAGAACAUGAGAUUUCUUAUUACACACAAUCCAACCAAUGCAACCUUAAACAAAUUUAUAGAGGAACUUAAGAAGUAUGGAGUUACCACAAUAGUAAGAGUAUGUGAAGCAACUUACGACACUACUCUUGUGGAGAAAGAAGGCAUUCAUGUUCUUGACUGGCCUUUUGAUGAUGGUGCACCACCAUCCAACCAGAUUGUUGAUGACUGGUUAAGUCUUGUGAAGAUUAAGUUUCGUGAAGAACCUGGUUGCUGUAUUGCUGUCCAUUGUGUCGCAGGCCUUGGCAGAGCUCCGGUGCUUGUUGCCCUAGCAUUAAUUGAAGGUGGAAUGAAAUAUGAAGAUGCAGUACAGUUCAUAAGACAAAAGCGGCGCGGAGCUUUUAACAGCAAGCAACUUUUGUAUCUGGAGAAGUACCGUCCAAAAAUGCGGCUCCGCUUCAAGGAUUCCAAUGGUCAUAGAAACAACUGUUGUAUUCAAUAAAACUGGGGUGCCUGAUGCCAUUGCCUUGGAAGUGGAAAUUCAGAUGAGACCUGAUUUGUCAUACAUAGUUACCCAAUGUCUCGGUUUACCGAGUAAGUCUGCUGAAGCUCCACAGGAAUAUUGAAAACCAGUUUUACCAGGCCACAAGCUUGACAGAAUUGUAACCUCUAUAUUUGGGCUAUGAUCAACAUGUUUGGACACUUAGCAAAUGAUUUUUGCUGGUCAGCAUUUAAAAUGUGCUUAUUAUUUGUACCAGUUGACCUUUCCUAAAAUAAGGUAUUGAGUUUUGUCAUUAAAUGUACUCCUGUGCCAGAAUAUUAUUAGUCUAUAAGGAAUUUAGAAGGAGUAGGUGCCAAAAUACCCAGCACAAUACCUGUAUAUUUUUAGCAUCAUACAGAACCAAAAUUGCAGGAACUAAGAUCUCUCUAGACCUUCCAUGGUGUAUUCCUUCAGUCAUUUCAAACACUGCAGGGCUUCUUUCUUAUCUGCCUGCUCACUGUUUACAUCUCCCAUUUUUCACCAGAAUACAUCAGGUUUGCUUAGCCAUCUUUUUUUUUAACUGUCUUGUGCUGAUUAUUUAAUGUCUCUGUCUUUAUGUUGUGCUGUUUUGGGAAACCUCCUUUUGAAAAUCAACUUUGUUACAGAAGCACAUAUCUUCAAUAAUGUCUCCAGACAAAAAAGCCUUAUAGUUAAUUUAAUGUUUGCACUCAGAGGUGCAACCUAAUGGAGGGCCUGAAAAAGAAACAAGAGGAGGCUAGUAAAUAUUUUUAGUAAUAUGUUGCCUUUGUCUUGUGAAGAACAUGUAGAGUAUGCUCUUUAAGUUAGUAAAUAUUUUUAAGACAUAGAGAUACAUUGUUGUAGCUAACCAAUUCUUAAUCAAAAUUUCUGAAAUUCUUGUUUUCUCCAUGCCUAUCAGAAGUUUUCCAACUUGUUUGAAUUAUGGUUUUCCCCUUCUCUUCCCAAUCUCUUGCAAAAAAGAAAAAAGUGGGAUCUGCUAAUGAACUGAGCAGAAAUAUUUUUUACGCCUUUUGAGCUAUGUAACUUAAUAAUUGGAUACUUGAUCAUUUGUUUUAUUAUGUAAUCGAUAAAAUGGUGAUGUGUAUUAAUGUUAGUUCAACCAUAUAUUUAUACUGUCUGGGAAUGUGUGGUUAUAGUUAUGUGGGAGACAUAGUUUGUCAGUGUUCACCAGCUUGUAAAAACUUAGUGCGAGAGCUUCAGCAUCUAAAUAAAUGAUGAAACACAUUUGUCACUGAGGUCACUUUGCUUAAAAUUAAAUUGUAGAAAACAAUGGAUUCAGUUACUAUCAUUUCAAUUUAUGGACAAAUUUGUUAGGGUUACCAAGUGCUUUUUAUUAAAAAUUGCUCUUUAAAGGUCUAGAUAAUAUGAGUCAAUUGAAUGGUGGGUACCGAGGGAAAACAGUUUGUAACGGAGGACCUUGUUUUUUUUUGUUUUUUUUUUUUAAUUCAGUUCCAUCAGUCACUUGUAGCUCUGUGCAGUUGUUCUCAGUCCAGUUUUCUCAUUUUUAAGUUCAUUACAUGCCUGUAUAUAUUUUGAAAUUAAUUUAAACCUGAGUAUUUGGCACAUGAUGGCUUAAUAAAUUUUAACUUUGAAUAAUCUGAAA